UAAAAUCUGGUCUGGAAUGGCCCCUGGAAAAGUCUUGACUGUUUAAUGAAAUUGAAGAUAGUUCGCUCUUGCCUACCUCUACAGGAUACUACAUGUACAUCGAAACAUCAAGCCCUCGACAGCAAGGUGACAAUGCAAAACUAAACAGCCCCAAGCUGCAAUUUAGCGGGAGCAUGUGUCUCAAGUUCUACUACCACAUGUAUGGUGCAGACAUUGCGACGCUAAAUGUCAUAAUUAAUGGGAACAAAGUGUUCAGCGCAAGUGGGAAUAAAGGCAACAAGUGGCUGAGAGCGGCUAUUGAUGUCAGUUUAUCAGGAAAGCAUGCGGUUACAUUUGAAGGAAUACGGGGCAGUAAUUACCAGGGUGACAUCGCAAUAGACGACUUUUUGUUGGAACCAGGGUCUUGUCCUUCAAGUUCUUGUGGCACUCGCUCGAAAUCAAGAAUCGUCGGCGGUGUCAAUGCUACACAUGGCGACUGGCCGUGGCAAGUUCAGUUACGUCGUUCCGCUGUCGGUUCCCCUUACUGUGGAGGCUCCUUGGUGUCAGAUCAGUGGGUGGUCACAGCCACUCACUGUGUCAGAGGAAAACAGCCCAGCUCUAUCAUUGUGAGACUUGGCGCCCACAGACGUGUUAAUCUUGUUGGUACUGAACAGGACAUUCAAGUAAGCAAAGUGAUCACUCAUCCAUCUUACAACAAUCCGCUGAGCUACAGUAACGAUAUCGCAUUACUUAAACUGGCAAAACCAGCUCAAUUAAACAGGUACGUAAAUUUGGUGUGUCUUCCACAUUCCGUCUCUGAACCGUCUGACGGGGCCAAAUGCUGGAUCACGGGCUGGGGCAAACUUUCAUAUGGAGGCGCUAGACCAGACUAU